AUGUCUUCCAACGAUCAGAUUCAUGCAGGUUCUAUUCGUGCAGAUGAAUCUAAAGAAAGUGGAGCUGGUGAUAUACGCGCAGCGGAGCAAGGCGAGACCGCGACGGCUGAGGUGGAGUUCUUAACAGGAUGGCGGUAUGCUGCCAUUGGAGUGUCGAUUGUUCUGAGCAUGUUCUUGGCGUCUCUAGAUCUUACGAUUAUAGCCACGGCAAUACCCCAUAUCACCGACCAAUUUCAUAGUCUGAAUGAUGUUGGAUGGUAUGCUUCUGCUUUAUUCUUAACUGUUGCCGCCGCACAGUCAGUAUGGGGUAAAGCGUUCAAGUAUUUCCCAGUCAAAACAGUAUACUUGACCAGCAUAGCAAUAUUUGAAGUAGGAAGUUUGAUAUGCGGGGUUGCACAGAACAGCACAACACUCAUAGUAGGACGAGCCAUCACAGGUUUUGGCGUUGCGGGGACUUUUGGUGGUUCUUAUAUAAUCAUUGGAAUUUCCGUAGCGCCUAAGCAAAGACCUGCCAUGACGGGUUAUAUGGGGUCUGCCUACGCUAUUGCUUCGGUAAUUGGACCACUGAUUGGGGGCGCUCUUACAGACAAAGUAACCUGGCGUUGGUGCUUUUUCAUCAAUCUCCCAUGUGGCGCACUUGCUGCGGCUGCCUUCAUUCUUCUCUUCAAAGUUCCUACAAGCGUCAAGCCUCCCAAGGUUCCUUUAAAAGAGAAGCUCAUACAAAUGGAUAUCCCGGGUUUCUUCCUGGUAACAGCGGCGGUCGUAUGUUACUUGCUGGCUAUGCAAUGGGGAGGUGUUAUUGAGAAGUGGAGCUCUUCUAAUGUAAUUGGGACACUGGUCGGGUCUUUGGUACAAAUCUGCACAGGAGUAUCAAUCGGCGCCUUAAAGAUCUUCAACCCGUUCCUUAUACUUGGUGGCAUAUUUACCACCGUCUCUACUGGCCUGUUAAUGACCCUAGAACCAGAGUCGGACCAUAGUUACUGGAUUGGCUAUCAGGUUCUUGCAGGAGUUGGUCUUGGUCUCUGCUUCAACGUGUACAUUAUAAUUAUCCAGAAUAUCGUGAAGCCAGAAGAGGUCGCAACCGCAACCGCAAUCCUUCUAUUCUUCCAGUCUUUAGGCGGCGCCUUGGUUGUCUCAGCCGCCCAAUCCCUUUUCCAAAACGAACUUCUCAAUACCCUAGCCGUCAAAAGUCCCCACCUCAAUUCGACCGCUGUCUUUGCCACUGGGGCGACUGACAUUCAGAAGACAUUCUCUAAGAGUGAUUUACCUGGCAUAAACGCCAGUUAUAUGAAGGGUUUGCACAUGGCAUUCGCGUUAGCCAUUCCAAUGGCGGGCACCGCAACACUGGUUGCUGUAGGACAGAAUUGGUUUCGGUUAAAGACUCCUGGGAAAGAGGAUUCGAGGGAAGUAACAACUGAGACCGAGAAAGUGAAUAAUGGGACAGUUAGUUAG